GUUGUGGGUGACACAUAUACGUAGAAAAAAUUUAGUGUAAGAAAAUCACAUUGGCACCAACUGCAGGGAAAUGGAAUCAAUGGAAUAUGAGCUCGCUAGAAACCUCACUCUAUUGUUUUUCGUGGAGCGCCUGCUCGACAAAGGCGAGCCGCGGACGUUGCACGAUCUUUCCUGCCAGUUUGGUGCCAAAGGGUUCACGAAAGAGAUGCGACAGAUCGCUGGCGGGUCUCAGUCGGGCUUGAAGAAGUUCCUGGCGCAGUACCCGGCGUUGUUCAACAUAGACGGGGACUAUGUUGAUAUCAACACGUUCCAGAAGCAUCCGAGUGGGGUUGGCGCGGGCUCUAACAACGAUUACAUCGAAGAAGCGAAGGAGUACUUCGCAAGUAAGAUGAUCCAGUAUGGCGAUGGCACCGAGGUACCCAUAAAAAGCCUCCUUGGGCAUCGCAGUCAGGCGUCCCCUCAGGUGCGUCACAUCUCCGGACAACGUAUCAAAGAGUUCAAAGACUUUUUGCUAAAGCACCCGGAUACCUUCCAAAUUAUCGAAGACAACGUCGUUCUAGUCAGUGAAAAUCACAGGAGAGGUAACUCGCACAGUAACAAUGAACAAUUCCACAAUCUACCAGUACCUAAUAUAAACACUGAUACAGCCCAACAGUUGUUGGACUAUGUCGCGCAAUGCAUAGAAGCUAAGGGCCCCGUUAUGGUGGACCAACUAUUUCACCUUAUAGUGUCUCGAUUCCCUCAGGAAUAUUGGUACCAAAUGUUCAAAUCACCUGCUGACUUGAGUGCUUUUCUAAAAAUAUUUUCUGAUAGUUUUCAUGUUCAAUCAAACCUCGUCACACUUAUUAGCAAACCAAAAAUACCCGUAAUGUAUUUAAAUGCAAAGCCUAAAGUCAAGACUGAUGUACCAAAGCCUAUGGUUGAGGAGAAGCCAUUGUCGCCAAUCCCUCCUUCAGUAGUGAGCCCUACUCCUUCAGAUGGUAAAAAGAGCCCUGCUAACAGAAUACUCAGCCCUGUUGAAUCUCCCCGUGGUCCACAAGCAAACGUAGCAAAUCAAACAUUAAAACAACGGAUCAAUUCAAUAGUUAUUAAAAAUUUGGCAGAGAAUAUGGUUAGGGAUAGAGUAAAUAAUCACUUAAAUGCACGUUCUGAGGAAACAAAUGGAACCCCAAGCUUAAGAAAUAAUAUGAUGGGUGAGGCGUGGCGUCAAAAAGUACUUCAAUGCACAACCGUCAUCGCUAAUGCCAGAGAAUGUGCAACUUUAAUUGACAGUAUUAUGAACCCUAAACGUCACACAAAAAGUAUUGUUUCGUUUGACUGUGAAGGAAUAAACCUUGGUCUCAAAGGAGUGUUAACUUUGUGUCAGAUUGCCACCAUGAAUGGUGAAGUUUACAUUUUAGAUAUACUGGCUUGUCCAAACAUGGUUGUUGAGGGUAAAAUAAAGGAUUUAUUGGAAAGUGAACAUGUUGUGAAGAUUAUACAUGACUGUAGGAAUGACUCAGUUAAUUUACACAAUCAAUUUGAGAUAGUUUUGAAGAAUGUUUUUGAUACUCAGGCAGCCCAUGCUGUAUUACAAUUACAACAACAGGGAGUGCCAGUUUAUAAAGUGAAAAACCUAAGUCUCAAUGCCCUUUGUGAACUAUACAAUGCUCCCAUGAAUCCCAUGAAAGAGCAACUAAAAAAUGUUUAUCGUAGGGACCAACGAUACUGGGCUAGGAGACCAUUAACAAAAGACAUGAUAAUCUAUGCUGCUUCUGAUGUUUUGUCAUUAGUGAAUCCAGCAAUUUAUGCAUUCAUGUCCAGCAAUAUUAAACCAGAUAACCAGCAGCUGUUCGAGGAAUUAAGUAAUGAACAGGUGUUUAUGCAUAUUCAGCCUACAGAAGUUAAGCUACGUAAAAGACAAAGAAAAAUUAAUACAGAAGUUGGUGAACUGAAACAAAAAUUAGCUGAGUCUACAAAGAAUAUAGUCUUGAGCAAUAGGGAAAUAAGAUUGCUCAGAUAUUUAGAGCUUACUGAAGAGGAAAAAGAAAAACUAAAAGGCUGUCAUAAGAUAUCUAAAAAACUGGAGAAAUUGGAAGCAAUUGGACAAGAAAAGGAUUCCGAUUCUGAAGAUGAUGAAAGGGAAAAUGAAAUGAUCAGCUUAGAAUCAAACCCUUCUGAUCCUAUCUCAUCUCCUCAUUCUACUCAACCUCCAAGCCUCACUGAGUCCAUGCAGAUGAUGGACGAAAUUUUGUCUGACACAAAUAUGGACAAAGUUGAGAAAAUAAAUCGCCUAGAGGCAAUCCUAUCGGCAGUUGCACCACUAAGCGGAGAAUUGGAAGACAAAUUCUCCCAGACAAUGGAACAGACACUGCCAUUACUCAAGAACAAAGAUUGGUCCAAUCUGAGCCAAAUCUUGAACAUAGGCACAGUAGAUGUUGAUAGAAAGAAUUGUUGCUGCAAAUGCCAUAGUUCCAAUUUUGAUGAUGGAAAGUGUAAUGAUCUCAUCGAGAUUAAGAAAUCAGAGGUUGCGUCUCAGACCCUCAGCACGGGAGACAUUGUUAUCACGAGAAUCCAUUUCAGGGAAGAAGACAAGGCGAACGAGAGGAUUCUCGACGCAACCCCCAUGAACAAAAGGACCGGCAUCGGCAACAUGUCUUGAUAGUCCGGUAUGAAAUACUACUUCCAUUUUCCGAGUGCCACAGUUUAAUUUUGGAACUCUUCAAAUGUGAUCAGUUUGAUUUUUGUAGUAAUUUAAGUUCGUAUUCCACGACUCGUACCACGAUUGCUUUAAUGAUUCAGUUGUUCUCGUUCGCCAGGAGGGGUAUAAUAGCGGUGCGAAUGCGAGAUAUGGAAUAAAUUAAGUGUGUUGUGAGGUCGUGCAUUUCAAGUGUAUACUCGCCUACGCUAUAUGUUCAUUUGAGCGGAGAUGAACGUGUACACUCGAAUAAAUGCAACAGUAAUUCGCAUAAUAAGAAGCUACUUAAUUCCUCCAUAUAGGAGCACAGUAUCUGCUGUUACGGUAUAAUUUUUAUUUUUAUGUUGGCUAUUGCCCAUUAAGUAACCGAAACUAAUAUGUGAUAGAUUGCAAGGCCUUUCUCGAUCUGUUUUCAAAUGUAAAUAAGAUAAACUUUGAUUAGCGUGCGUAAUCUUCUCACCUCGAUUCACGAUAGCGAUGGAUGGAGUGGUUUCCGAUAUUAGAUUGUAGUUGUAUAUAUCUAUUUAUUUUUGUCACACGUUUCAGCGGCUGCAGUGUUGCCACUGAACUCAUCGAAAUGGCAAUAAUAGUUGUAUACAAUAACGUUUAUUGUAACAUAUUUAUCAAAAUGAACUAGUUAUAUUCUAGUGUUUAAAUCAUGUUUUUAAAAAUAUUAAAAAUGGUUUAGGGUUAGUGUUACGUAUUGAAGAGAAGUUUUUUUUUAUUAUUUAGAGAUCGCAGUAACGUUCGAAUUAAUUUCGAACGUACGUUGUGUGGAAUUGAACUAGUUUUUUGCGAUUGCGGUUGAAACUAAUACGAUUAGGGUGGAUGGUAUAUGAAACUUUGUUUAUGGAUUAAUAAUUUUGUGCCUUCGAGUCAUAUCCGACGAUUGCCUUUUUAUCGAAGAUAAUUGUCAAUUUUAGAUACUUUUAUACGUAGUGUUUACAUUCUUUACCGUUAUAUAAUUAAUUGUUUUAUGCAGGGUCGCAGUAAGUUCGAGGGCUAUACUAAAUAUUUAAAAGACUUUAAAAUGAGAGAUAUUUGUCUCAUUUACUCGCUCAUAUUAAUAAUGCGCUAUUCAUCCUUAGCUGGCCGCUGUAAAAAAAACUAUUUUUCGUAGUCUAUACCCCAAUGCCGAUAAAAAUACUCUGUUGAUACAUUUUUAUUUCAAUGUAGAUCAUAAGUUUCUGUUGUUAUAUCUUUCGUCCGCCUGUAAAGUAUCGUGAUCGAAUCAGAUUGUUUACUUUUAAGUGUUAGAAAAUGUAGCCUCGAAUUUAGGUCAAAAAGUGAGUCAGCUGAACUUAAAUAAGGAUGUUUCUCUAUGAAUAUUGUCGAUGUUUUUUUCACAAUAGUUCAUUGUACGGUUUUAUUGGCUUGGGGCGUAAAUGUUGUAGACAGAGAUUAGAAAAAGAUUCUCAAAAGUUUUUGUUAAAUUAACUAUGUUUAAUAGCUACUUAGAUAUUGAGAAUAUAUUUCUAAACCUGUUGAUUCAAUUCGAAUAGUUUAUUUUUUAUGUUAAAAACACUGUAAAUGAACUAAGCGAUGUUUUCACGCUUUAUGCUUAUUUAGACUGUAAUUUUUUUUAUUAUUAUUUAUAACUGGAUGUAUUCUUCGUCAGUAUUGCACCCAAACGCUAUGUUGAAACAAAAUAGCACUUAAUUAUUAUAGUAUGAGUAAAUGCUACAGAUGCAUUUACGAAUUACGUUACAUUAGUGUGAAAAAAUAACUUUCUUGUUAUACCUUUAUUAAUUUAUUAGCAUAAUAUUUUUAUAGAUAUUGUAAUGAAUUUUUAAACUCGAAAUCAAAUCCAUUGGCAUUUAUUAUCUAAAUUAUACUUUGGGUAAAUUUCUUUUUUUUAAUUUAAUUUUAAUGUAAUCGUGCCUUAUAUUAACGCAGCACAAUUUAUAUCGAGCAGUGUUUUCAUACAUUUUUGUAUGGGAAGAAAUAUUAUUUUCUGUGCCACAGUAUUAUGACUUAUGGCUGACAUAAGGACAUAUUAUUAAGUCAUUUUAAGCUUAAUACCUUAUUUCUGUUAUAUUUUUCUAACAUACAUUAUUAUGUUUCGUACUUUAUAUUUACCAGAGUCUAAUCGCUUACAUUUACGGAAAUUAUACUUUGU